CCGCAAAUGCUCAGCUGUCCGUGCCCAUGCCACGAGAACACGUGCAUGCACGAGGCCCGGCCCUGGAUCGGCUUCACCAACGCCGCGUACCUAGUCUGCCCGCUGUGCUGGGUCGAGGCGUACACGCGCGCCCACGGCGGCGACCAGCGCUACGGCUACGACUGCGAGGUGUACCUGCGGGAUCUGGGCAAGGACCCGAAGGUGCCGGCUUCCAAGCAGUGUUAAGGCCGUUGGGGCAGGGCAGGGCAGGGCAGGUGUGGUGGUGGAAAGGAAAUGGGGAAAUGGGAGG